AAAAAAAAAAAAAAAAGUUGGCCCUACUCAACACGACUCGAAUCGAACCCAAGUCUGUCAUAUCUGUCCUGCUUUGGAGGGUAAGUGGGUAACCCAACAAUACCGCCUCGAAUCUGACCCGACCCUCGUUAACCCGGCUGGGUCGAAAGCUCUAGAUCAUCAAAUUCUCUAUAGGGUGUUAAUGGUUAAGCCACUUCUUGAUUGUUUAAACAAACAAUGGAGUUCCAAAAUUUAAUCAAAGACAAGAAAUUUUGGUUCGCUUCCGUCUUAAUUGCUUGGGCUGCUGGACUUCAGGGGCAUAUGAUGUGGUUACAAAGGCAGGAUGCUUUCAAGCAGAAAUUCGGGGAUUUAAACGAAAGUGAUGAUCAGAAGAACUUAAAUUGAAUGCUCAGAGUGAUUGAUCUCUUGGACCUCAAAACCUCUUAUUGUGAAUAAAUCUUGGUAGGAGUGGUUUAAGUCGGUGAAGAGUCUUCUGUAUGGAGCUUUAAUCUUGUACUCUCUUUGAUACAGAUUCCUGCCAUUGUUCAACCAGUCUUGAGAAAAGCUCCAGUCUGGCCAGCAAAUAAAAUCUCCAGCUCUUUUGCCAGCAUGGAUGGCAAAUGUAGAUAUUAUCCUUUAUCCGAAAUUGUUGGGUGUAUCUUUUUGCUAGAAGCAAUCAUAUGUUGUUAACUAGACCCAACUAGAUUCAGUUUUAUCUCGAAUAUCUACUUGACUUUUCAAAUAUUAUUGGAAACUAUUUAGUUUAUUUGGGAAGAACACCAAAAUGAAGAGUUUGGAGAAGAUUCAACUUCCUGGAAAUGAUAUCUGAUUUCCUCUUCCUGGAUUACUUCUUGAAGGUUCCUUGUGUCGUGAUGGAGUUACUAGAUCAUUCCAGAUCAUUCCAGAUCAUUAUCAAUCUUCUGGUUGGUUGAUUUUGUGUCAACUUUAGCAUAGUUUGCUUAAUGAAUUUGUAGGUUACUCAAAUUAAAGUUAUGUAACUCGUCUCAAGACCAUUUUGUAUUUUGAUUAAAUCAGAUGGCUUGAAUUCCCGACCA